UGCCAACGCCAAGUUUGUUGAGCUCAUAAAGCAUCGCUUUAAUUUGAAUGAAAUUAUCUCAUUUUGUUUACAAACGAAGGAUUUUUAAGAGUUACAAGACCUCGACGAUGCUUGCCAGCAUAUUCCUUUAUCUUGGAACUGGUGCUUUCAUUAGCAGAGCUUCUGAUACAGCAAAUGUUUGGCAGAAAUCAAGGAUCUUACUUAUUGCAGACCUUGGCUCUUCGAUGAUUGAUGCUGAAAAGUUGCAAACAUCUUUCCUAGGAGCAGAUCAAGCCAAUUUAGGGAAUGAAUUUGUUAUCCUUCAACGAGCACGAGAUGGCGGCUUUGAAUCUCACGGCUCAUUUCAGACAUUGGCUAGUGUACAAGAUCGGAAAUACAUUUCCAUUAGAAAAGAAAACUUUCUUCCAUGGCUGUUAGAGAAGAAGCCAAAUUUUUUGAUAUGUGUGGCGGUCACUACAGAGGUUCCACAGAUAUUGACUGUAGCACAGAACAGAGGUUUGUUACCCUUGGAAACCAAACUAAUAAUAAGGAUGGUCAAAGAAAGUGGCAAGGCAGCUGAUGAAAAGAAUGUGAUUUCAAUGAAAACACCCAGACCUAAGGACCUCAAUUUCACAGGAAACAAUGGAAAUCGUCUAGAGUCAAGAGAAAUCACUUUCUCUUCUGGAAGAAAAAUUGAAAACAUCAUUCUAGAGGCGUUUCGGGAAGAAUACAACCGCGUUCAUAGUAGACAGAGAAGGGCACUUAAAGGAAACUCGGCAUCUUUAAACUCAAGAAAGUCAAGUGCUGUUGUGAGUACGUCGACUUUAAGUUCGACCCCAGUGACUGGUGAAGUGUCUUCAAGCUCAACUGCUCUGGUUAGAACGGUGCUAUCAAGCUCAAGCCCUAUGACUAGUACGGUGCCUUUAGGCUCAUCCCCAGUAGCUAGUACGUUGCUUUCAAUGUCAGCCCCUACAAUACGUGUGGUGCUUUCAAGCUCAACCCCUGUAGCUAGUGCAGUGCUUUCAAGUUCAAGACCUGCAGUAAGCAGUUCACACCUGAGCCCAAGUCGUGUAGUUAGUGCGGUAUCUUCAAGCUCAAGUCAAGUAGUUACUCCAGCAUCUCCAAGCGCAAGUCCAGCAGUUAGUUCGGCGCCUUCAAGCUUGAGUCAUGCUGUUAGUAUGGCACCUUCAAGUCCAGCAGUUGCUACUGUAUCUUCAAGCUCAAGUCCUGCAGUUAAUGUGAUGCCUUCCAGCUCAACUUCAGCAGUUACUCCAGUCCAUUCAAGCCCAAGCUCUGUAAUUAAUAUGGCAUCUUCAAGCUCAAGUCCAGCAGUUUUUCCAGCAUCUUUAAGCUCAAGUCCUGUAGUUAGUGAAGUGCCUUCAAGUUCAAGUUCUGUAGUUAGUGCAGUGCCUUCGAGCUCAAGUCUUGUGGUUAGUGCAGUGCCUUCAAGCUUAAGUCCUGUGGUUAGUGCAGUGCCUUCAAGCUCAAUUCCUUUAGUUAGUGCGACGCCCUCAAGCUCAAGUGGUAUGGUUAUCCCAGCAUCUUCAAGCUCAAGUUUCUCAGUUAUUCCAGCACCCUCGAGCUCAAGUCCUAUAGAUAGUGUAGCAUCUUCAAGCUUCAGAUCUAUAGUGUCACCUGUACCUUCUAGUUCACGUCUUGCAGUUAGCACAGCUCCUUCAAGCUCAAGUCCUGUGGUUGGAGCAGCGUCUUCAAGGUCUAGGUCUUUAGCUCUAUCAGCAUCUUCGAGUUCAAGUCGUGCUUUUAGUGCUGCUUCUUCAAGUCCUGUAGUUAUUCCGAGCUCAAGCCGUUUUUUCACACAAGUACAAUCAAGCUCAAGCACUGUGGUACCUUCAAGGUCACGCUCUACAGUUACGGCAGCACUUUCAAGCACAAGUCCUGUUGUAAGUGCAGCACUUUCAAGUUCACGCCGUACAGCUAUAGCUUCACUUUCAAGUACAAGUUCUGUUGUUAGUGCAGCACUUUCAAGUUCACGCAGUACAGCUACUACUUUACUUUCAAACACAAGUCCUAUUGUUAGUACAGCACUCUCAAGCUCGAGUUCUGUUGUUAGUGCAGCACUUUCAAGUACAAGUCCUUUUGUCAGUGACGCACUUUCAAGCUCGAAUCCUGUUGUUAGUGGUGUACCUUCCGUAUCAGUCUCGGCAACUCCCACAGCCUCUUUAACUUCAGGUGCUGCAGGUAGUAGUACAACUUCGAGCUCAAGUCUUAAAGUUACCCCAACAUCGUCGCGUUCAAUGCUCGCAGGUAGUCCAACUGUUUCAGCGUCGAUCUCUGCAAUUGGACCAGUAAACACAAUGACAAACUCUUUGGUUAGUUCAACGACAUCAAAUACUGUGGCUUUAAAAUCGAUCGUUAUCUCAUCAGCGACCACCGCGAGAAAACCAACUCCUUCAUCUUCACAGGUAGUGACUGAACAACCACUUGUUUAUGAAAAUGAGACCGUUGUUGUCGUGUUUGAUGGAGAUUGUAACUACGUCAAGAGCAACAAAGAUAGGGAGAACGAUUUUCGAGAGGUGGUGCAGAUGGAAGUAUCCAGUAAACUUAGGAUUCCAAGAUCAGCAAUUGUGAUGGGGAAUGUUGCAUGUGGUUCAAUUCGAGUUCCUAUGACUAUUCACCAAUCAGGUGGAUUAAAAAAUGUGGUACAAGUUUUAAAGAAAAUUGUCGACAGCGGAAACUUUAGUGUAACUCUGGGAGAAAAAAAGUUCAGGGCGAGUAAGUUGGAAGUGGUUCGUCCCACGUCACCAGUUACACAGGCCCCAACAACCGAAGCCAAGAGCAAUAAAAUUGCGUUUUAUCUUUACAUAGGAUUUGGUACCUUGAUGGCUGUUGUUUUCUUCGUCGGCAUCUGUGUGCUUAUUUUCCGAUGUCGCAAGGAUCGACGUGAGGGAAGCUUUUUCCUUACCAACGACACACAUUAUGAACUAAGGCGAUUUCAUGGUAUCCCUCGUGCGAGUUCCUACUCCAGGGUGAACUACUAUGGAGAACCUGUGGAAGUGGAUGCGACAGCUGCUGAUCCCAACGCUGAUGAUGAAUUUAAAGUUGGAGCGUAUUCUUUCAAUAGGUCACCUGCUAGAGGCCGCGGUAAACUAACUGGCACAACCAAUGGUGAUGCUCAUCAACAAGAUAAAUUUAAUGUCGGCGCAUUGGGUAUGCCAGAGUGGAACCUUCCAAGGCUGUCGGACAAUCAAAUGACUGUUGCUGAAUCUAAAGAAGACGUUCCCAGGUCAGCGGGGUCGGUUGGAAGUCGUCAACUUUUGAUAGAUAGUCAGGAGAGUUCCUUGGCGGAUUCGGCGCAGGCUUAUGAUAAUCCUGUUCUUACCUUUGGCGAUGGUCCGCAAGAGUUAAGUAAGGAAGAAAAUCAGAGCUGAUUUAGGAAGCAAGGAGUUUUUGUAUCUUCAGUUGUUUGAUUCAGCGCUUUGUUUUAUCACAAGGAAGCUGUUAAUCCUUCUGGGUCUGUGAGGCUCAGAAAGCAGCCUUUGCUCAAGAUUUCAUUUGUGCACCUGUAUGAUUA